AUGCCCAUUGCUACUGUGGCAGCUGUGCAGCAAGUCCCGCAGAAUUCUUUCUCUGCCACCAGCCCGGCUUUGUUGAACAAGGAUGCAUACCCGUUCUUCCUUCGAACUGCACCACUGGACAGCAUCCAAGCACGAGCCUUUUGGAACUGGAUUUUGCACGUCGAUGUCACAUUGAUGUCUUGCGUGUACACCGUCGAGGGGUAUGGCCAAGGCCUCCAUGAUACUCUCACAGAUCUUGCACGAAGGAGCGGUCAACAAGAGCCAAGCCCUUCGUUACAUGCCAUGCACGAAUUUGACAAAGAGGAAGCUGGCGAUGCCGUGACUUCCCGGCACGAUCGGCUCACGCUUCGUGAUGUUUCUUCUUGA